AUGAUUCUCGUGGACCUCGAAACUGGCAUGGUCAUGAUUCGGGUGUGGCAUAAGGACAAGGAAGGCCCUCAGAAAAUGACAGUCUCCGAGGCUGAACUCGCUGCCGUGUGCAACAAGCCUGCUUUCAUGCCUGAAGACUGGCGUUACGAACCUGUUCAAUAUCCAAAGCUAAGCACCCCCAAUCAGAAGAAGCCGAUACCUGAAUUGCCAGUGGCAAUCUGUCCACAAAUUGAACCACCCACGGCCAUGUUUGAGCUUCAACAGAAAUUCUUUAUAGACCUCGUUCUCAUAUGA